UUUGUUUGUUGUCUCUCACGUGCGUUUUCGCAAUUUAUCGCUUCUACUCUAAUCAAAUAAGGAGAAAUUAUAAACAAAAAUAAACAAUAUACGAAUAGUUUUCAAAUAAAAAAGUAUAAAUUUAAGCAAGUAGAACUGAGAAGACGUGAUGACUGAUAUAGUGAUAGUGAUGCCUGGUGACCGGAUACAAGCUGCGGAGGAGAUGGCUGCUACGGGGAAAAAAGUCAUUUUGGGUCCCGGGCUUCGACGAGUUGAUGAUAAACAAGUGACGGCUUGUAAAGCCGGUAAAUUGCAUUUCAAAGAACCCAAUACUUUUUGGGUCGACAGCUAUCAGAGACGUUACGUACCUGUGCGUAGUGAGCUGGUUAUUGGUGUUGUCACUGCCAAAGCGGGUGAUUUGUUCAGAGUCGACAUAGGCGCUCCGGAACAAGCUUCUUUAUCUUACCUAGCUUUCGAGCAAGCUACUAAGAAGAACAGACCCGAUGUCAAUGUAGGGGAUUUACUUUAUGCACGCCUAGUGGUCGCAAAUAAAGAUUUCGAACCCGAAUUGGUGUGUGUGAAUUCGUCGGGAAAAAAGGGGAAGCUGGGUGUUCUAAGCGAAGGAUUCGUUUUUAAUUGUAGCCUUAAUUUGGUUCGCCUUAUAUUGCGCGAAGAUUGCCCUUUGUUAAGCGCGUUGACGAAGGAAAUGCCUUUUGAAGUAGCUGUCGGAAUGAAUGGUCGCAUAUGGAUUAAAGCGAAAAGUGUAAAAGAGACAAUAGCUGUAGGUAAUGCUAUAUUGGCAGCUGAAUUCGCUUCUAAAGAACAGAUAGCAAAAUUAUGUGAAAAUAUCGGAAAUAUAUUGUUUACCUGA